UGUGUAACGGCGCUCGAUAAACAAUGUCUGAUGAGGAAGAUGACGUGGAUGUCACCCGAUUCCCUUGUGCUGUUUGUCAAAGACAGUUUUCCGAAGCGGCACUAGCAAAACACCAACCGAUUUGUAUGAAAAAUGCACGCAAAAGACGCAAGGUUUUCGAUAGCAGCAAACAACGCUCGCGUGAGCUUCAAAUUCCCCCGACCAAGCCGAUUUCCACGACUACGGCACAAGAGAGGGAGUACAAAUUGGCUCAAGUGCUGGAGAGGAAAAAUCAGUGGCGUAAAAAGCACGAGGAAUUCAUUUCUUCAAUUCGGGCCGCAAAGGAAUACACCAUGGCUAAGAAAACUGGUGCUCCUUUACCCCCUCCACCGCCACCAUCUGUGGAUCCUUCCCUGGUCCAAUGUAAAUGGUGCUCUCGAAGAUUCAAUGAGAAAGCAGCAGAACGUCACAUAAAAUUCUGCGAAGAAAAACACAAAAAUAUUCAGCAACAAGUGCAGAAACGUGGGCGCGGUAUUCCACGACCAACUAUCGCUCCCACGCACCUUGGAGACGGUCGCGGAGAUACUCCUGGGCAGUACCGAAAACCGUCCACCAAUUCUCGCCCAACACCUUCACCUGUCAAUGGUGGAGCUGACUCCAGGGCUGAAAUGUCCACAAAUGUUCACAACGGGCGAGGAUCGAUAUCGACAGGCGGGCGGAGAGGGUCAUCCUCGCAAAACAAGUAUGCACGUGCCAUACCGAAUUACUCAACGCGCUCAAGUCGGGAUGCCCUAUCCUACCAAGAUAAUCCGUCAGUUAACGGCCCAUCGCCAACUUUCGGAAGUGACGAACUCCCAAACAAUUGCCCGCGCAGUCUGGCUAGCGGCAGAGCAAGGUAUGUUCCCUUGAGUCGACCUGCCGACCUUAGGCAAAUGUCCAUAGUUAGCCCUCCCGCCCAAUUAAAUAUCGGCCAACCGAAACCUCAGUCUCCAAGAUCACCCAGGCCCGCAUAUUGCCGUACUCGUCAAAGUUCACAGUACAGAGAUGACUCUGGAGAUGAUCAAGGUGCACCUUCGGAUAGGCAACAAUAUCCACUUAGUUCUACCUGGAGCGAGUCCGUCCAUUCUACCGUUCCAACAGAUUCGACCAGUACAAAUUCCGCUCCAGUAUUUAAUGAGUCAUCGGCUAUGAGUAAUCGACAUGGUCUGGUCCUGCGUUCUGGCCGAACGUAUGAGGACUAUGUCCAAGCAAGAGAGUUUGCACGUGACCUUGUGCAAAGCGAAAGUAGAAUACCAAUAAAGCUUCCGCCAACGGAACGCGUCGGAAGUCAUGUAGAAGCAAAACCACCGUCUCUUGUGCCCUAUAGUAAUACGAAUUCUGGAGACGAUACAUCCAACACGCCCUCAAGCACUACACAACCAGUGCCUCGGAAACCGUUGAAUGUCAGUUGCCUUGUAUCACAAGACAGAAGUUCAGAGGGUGCUCCAGGUCUCAGUGUCCACGCUGAUUUGGAUACAUCUACCGAAACGGCAAGUUACACUCAACCCACAUUCAGUAGACCGGGGCAAGACUUGAACAGACCCAAUCGAACACCAAACAUUCAGCAUGGAACCGAGUCGUACAACCGAAAACCCGAGGGUAAAUUGAAUAAAUUUUGUUACGAGUGUGGUAGUCCAUUCCCGAACGCGACCGCAAAGUUUUGUCCCGAAUGUGGGAUUCGACGUUUAGCUGUAUGACCGAUCCGCUACCCAAUCUUCUCCCCUAACCAGCACGCUCAACCCGGAUUAUUUUAUUUGAUCUCAUGCAUCUCUUACUGAAGAGGAGAAGUCACUCCUCCCGGACAGGCUGUGACGUAUCUAAUGUUUCUUUCAGAGCAACCUCACUUUUCUGCAUUGUUUCCAUUCCACCCCCCGUCCUCAAUUUGCCAAUUAUCUCACAUUGUCAUUGUCGCGCCGGACAGUAACAUCCACGCUUAUAGUGCCUGAAAUUAUUCUCACCAUUAUCCCUCAAAAGUCUCAUCAAGCUAUGCAAUGUACAAUGAGAAUAUAAAU